AUGGACAAGAAUGUAGCACUCAUCCUCUCCGAGCUCAACAACAUCCGCUUCACAACAAUCCACCGCGACGUCCUCCUCAAAUUCCUAGUCUUCUCCUCGCGAUUAGCAGUAUGGCUGCUCACCCAAAAACAUGCCUCCCCAUCCACCAUCUCGCGCUUCCAAGUCCUCAUGCGCCAACUCUCCCUAACCGCCAAACUCCUCCGCGUUGGAAAGUUUACCCAGCAGUAUAAAUCCGCUGCUCAGAACUUACUCUCACAAAAACAUCAGGAUCAUUUUCUGGGGUACAUCACUGUGAUUCGCCAGCUUUUGACAGCUGUGUACAUGACGUGCGAUAACGCUACCGUUUUAAAUGCUAUCGGUUUCGUACCCUGGAAAGGCGCCAAGACACUCGAGAGGAGAGCGUAUCGUGUUUGGUUCGCAGCGGGUGUUUUGGGGAUUGUUGCACAGGUGUAUUGUUUCUACCAAUUAAACACAGAACGCGACGAUGAAGAAGCUGAUAGGCAAUCCUUAUUCUUGGCACUCACUCUCCUUCCUUUUCCUCCCAGUGACAUCCAUCCAACUGCACCACACAUUCUCGACAAGAUGUCACACGACAUCAAGAAAACAACCGACAUCAAAGUCGAGGUCGCCCUCGCCCGCGAUGUCGAAGCCUUCGAAAUGAACGACAUGUCCCACACCCACCAACCCAACAACGACACAACAUGGGCCGUAUCCGUACCAAGCUCAGAAGAGCAGUCUAAAGAACAGAAUGACUGGCUGGAUGGUUUUCGAAGGGCUGAUCGACGGGCGAUGAAGAAGGGUUGGGAUAGACAGUAUCAUUCGGAGCAGCCGCCGCAAAUACCGGGUGAUAACCGGUACUUUGACAUUAGAGCUGCCAACGCUAAGACUGCGACGAGUGCGUUGGCUAGGGAGUUGAAGGGGAGGCAUUUGCAGAUGAUUGCUUUUGGUGGAGCUAUCGGUACUGGUCUUUUCGUUACAUCAGGUACAGCUCUUCACGAAGGUGGUCCAGGCAGUGUUCUCAUCUCCUACAUGGUCAUCGGCGCCCUGCAAUACUGCACCAUGCAAUCCCUCGCCGAACUAGCCGUCAUAUUCCCCAUCGCCGGUUCCUUCUCUGCAUUCUCGACACGUUUUCUUGAUCCUUCUUGGGGAUUCGCCAUGGGUUGGAAUUAUUGUCUUCAGUGGCUGUUUACACUCCCUCUUGAGAUUAUCGCGGGCGCUUUUACCAUUACGUAUUGGAAUGAGGGUAUCACCAAGAGUGUCUUUGUGGUGAUUUUCCUGGCGGCUAUUUUUGUUAUUAAUCUUUUUGGGGUUAAAGCUUAUGGUGAGGCUGAGUUUGUGUUUUCGACUAUCAAGGUCACUGCGAUCGUAGCAUUCAUUCUUCUUGGAAUCGUCAUCAAUAUCGGCGGCGAGCCUACGGGUAGCUACAUCGGAGGCCGCUAUUGGGUCGACCCUGGCCUCUUCAACAACGGUUUCAAAGGCUUUUGUUCCGUACUCGUAACAUCAUGCUUCUCCUUCACCGGCACAGAACUCAUCGGCCUCGCAGCCGCCGAAACAGCCAACCCGCGCAAGUCCCUACCGAGCGCCAUCAAGCAGGUUUUCUGGCGCAUAACGCUCUUCUACAUCGUAUCCCUCAUGCUCGUCAGUCUGUUAGUUCCACACAACGACCCUCGAAUCCUAGACGCCAGCUCUUCCAACUCUGCAGCCUCACCUUUCGUCGUGGCUAUCGAGACGAUGGGAACGACUGUUCUGCCGAGUGUUAUGAACGCUGUUAUUCUCAUUGCGGUGAUCAGUGUUGGAAAUUCAUCUGUUUAUGGAUCGUCGAGAACGCUUGCUGCUCUUGCGGAUCAAUCUAUGGCUCCUGCGAUUUUCUCCUACGUUGAUAAGGAGGGUCGACCUUUGGCUGCUAUUAUCUUUGCUUCCUGCGUUGGUCUCUUAGCGUUUAUCGUUGAUUUGAAAGCGCAUGCGAUCAUCUUCGAUUGGUUACUCUCCGUCAGUGCUCUCGCGACGUUAUUUACUUGGGGCAGUAUCUGUCUGACGCACAUCCGCUUCCGUAACGCCUGGGCACACGCAUCACACACCUUGGAACAACUUCCCUUCCGCGCCCGAUCCGGUACAUUUGGAUCAUGGUUCGCCCUCGUCGGAUACAGCCUCAUCUUGAUAUCUCAAGUCUGGAUCGCUGUUUCACCUGUUGAACAGAAAAAGGAUGCGACGGCGGGGGAUGUCGUGCAGAAUAUAUUUUUGAGAUUGAUGGCUGUGCCUAUUGUGUUGGUCAUGUACCUUGGACACAAGCUUUGGUAUAGAACGGGCUUUGUCAAGUUGGAGGAUAUUGAUAUCCAGACGGGUAGACGGUAUUAUCGUGUGCAUUUGAUGAGUGAGCAGGAUAGGGAGGCUAGAGGGGCUUGGCCGUUUUGGAAGAAGGCGUAUAGAUAUUUCUGCGCUUGA